AGUUCUAGCCAUGUCCAUACUCAACAUCGACACCGUCUGACCCUCACGCCAUACAUGGAAGAACGAGUUUCGCGAAUAGGCUUCCUCAUGGCCAGUCUGCCGAUUCACCUUCAAACGAGAUUCGUCUUUCAUGCAAGGGAGACAUCGUGUGCAUAGAGUCUACGCCGCUAGACUUCCAGUGUAUCUGAAAAGUGCUUUUCCAAUCGUAUCGCCCAAAACGUGAAGUCCUUGGGAGACAGGAUAAAUAACAUCGCGCAACGCCCGCUCCCCGCAGGAUUCGAACAUCGGUCAAACGUGUUACAGAUAAGUGUGCAAGUGCGAUAGGUUGUGCAUAGUGUGGCUUGGGGGGUGGUUGUUUUGGCACACAAGCCGCCUUAUCAUUUUGCAUAUCUCCGUGUAAUUUGUUCCGGUCCGGUGUAUAUUUUCGAGUGGAUAAUGUAACGGAGCCUCUCCCCCAUCGGUAAUUACCGUCAUCAGCGAGUCGAUCUGUAAACGCUAAAAAGAAAAAGCGCUGGACCAAAUCGGGUUGACGCUAAUUUCGCCAAGUCCAGGCGUUUUUCGUGUGAAUCAGCAAAUGCAAUAAAUUUGCGAAUUGGAUUAACGGAGCCUCAUUCAGGGCUUUUCCAUUUACCGGUAUCGAUUGCUCAAAAUAGAGCCAACUCGGCACAAGUUUCCAUGAGGAACGGGAGAGAAACAUUUUAGAACAUUGUUUGUGGUGUGCCGAGCUAAUUGCCCUCGCAGUGUCUUCGGGCGGAUCUUCCAACAAAACCCUAUUGUUUUCGGCCAAGGAUGCAUGAUCCAGGUUGCAGUUUGCAAAUCGCCGAUGUACCUUCAAUCGCCUCAUAAUUGGAUAUUGCACGUGUAAUGCUCGCACUUUCUUCGUCCAGACAAGAAGAGUGAAUAGGCCGCGGGGUGGACUUUCCGGGCGCAAUAGUUGCUGAGUCAAGUGCAACCAAGCUCCAGUUACCUUGUAUCCAGCGCAACCACUACAUUGGAAGGUAGCAAAGCACCUGGAAAGGUGGGUGACUCUAAGAAUGCGGAUGAACGAAUGGACAACUAUGGUCGGACAGCGGAUAUAGUGACCAUUGAUCGUGAAAUUUGUGAUGGUGGCGGUAGCGGCAGAGACUGGAAUCAAAGCCGAAAUCUGGAGCCGUCUCAUGAACACCAAACCUAUCAACAGUACCAACCCCAGCUCUACAAUAGUGCCGUGAACGGAGACGAGGACUGUCCAGCGGAGAACUGCUGGCAUAAUAAAUUGAAGCGGCGUCCUAGUCAGAUAAUGAUGGUGACCAAACUCUGGAACAGUUGCUUCCCGGAAUUCUCCACGCAGAAGGUUCAUCGACAUAAUUUUUAUUUGUGCCAGUGGCAACGGAACACCCAAGUUCGAAUAAUUUACCUCCUCUAUCGAUGGCUAACGGCAAUAACAUGUUUAGCCGUUUUGGUCUGUUCACUAUUAGAUGUUGGACGAUCCGAUGAGCAGUUUGAACAUCAUUAUGCCAAAUGGUGGAUCUAUUUAACGCACUGGGGCCUUCUAGCAUGUACAGCCCAAGCCUGGCUAGGAGCAUGGAUUGUGACCCAAGGGAUGAUGGUGGAACGGGACGAGUUCGAGUUGGUGCGUCAGGCGAAGAAGAGCAAAAUGCACCACGUCUACUGGGUCAUGUACACGGUCGCAACAGUGUAUUCAUUCAUAAUAACAAUGUGCUACUGGGCUCUGGUGCACAAUCCGGAAAUUCAUAAAGUGGACGCGCUCAACAUAAUGGUACACGUUUUCAAUUCGGUCAUCAUGCUCAUUGAUUUGGCCAUCGUGGGACAUCCUAUAAAAUUAAGUCAUGCUUAUUGGACGACCGGAAUUGGAGUGGUUUACGCAAUUUUUACGGGAAUAUAUUUUCUGGCGGGCGGAACAGAUAGGAAAAACAAGAAAACUAUUUAUCCUCUGCUGGAUUGGACGAAACCUGGCAAGGCAAUUGUCGUAACCGCAUGUGCCAUUCUGUUUGUCUUUGUAGUACACUUUGCUGUUUAUUGUAUGUACCGCUUGCGAAUCUGCCUAUUCACGAAACUUUGCAUGCGAGGUACAGCCGAACGAGACAGUGAACUGGGGGAAGGACUUGAUCCUGAGCGGCAGCAACAACAGCAGCAACCGCAUUGUCAGUAUGAGUCUAGCACUGAGCAACUUCAACAACAACAACCGCAGCAGUAUACUAAUGUCUAUCAGGAUACUACCAAGAAGAAAAAGAAGAUGUCAUCCCUCAGUCAAACAGUAUCGGCCAUUGAAAGUAGUCAACGGGAACAUUUCUUAAAUUCUAACAAAAUCGUCGAGAUGAAAAUGUAGAGACCGGUGUGGAUGGCGUUUGAGCCAAUUUCAUUAUUUUGGAAACGAGGAUCCGAUAAGCGUUUGAAGAAGUAUUAAAGUGCAUUAUACUGUCAGGUGGUCUAUUUCAGCAAAUGUUGGACAUUCGGCAAUUUUCGAGUCAUAGCUCGUAUUUGUUUGAAACGAUUUAACUGAUAUUUACAGGAUAUCAGCAGCCUUGGCCUUCUUGAUUAGGUCCUUUUUCUAAACUUUGGCAAACGUUGACGUCUUGUUUUGAUUGAAAAAAUGUUAACUUUAAAAAUGCAACUGACAAAUUGGAGACAGACGCCGCUCUAUCUAAGAAUGCAGAAUUGUGAUGGAAUCUAUGAUUUAUUUCAAUUGUUGGAAGAUUGAAAUUCUCGCUAAGAAUUACUUUUGAUAUUGUAUUUCGAUAGAAGUAGUACCAUAGUCGCGCACUAUUUAUCGAUAAGGAGAGACGAAUGCUGAUACGUUCUCAAAAGUGGAAUUGUUGAAUUUUAGCUUUAUACCAAAACUGCACCCCUUAACACUAAAUUCAUGAAGUUUGAACUGUAUCCAAAAGAAUAUAAUCAGCCAAGGUAGCAGGGGGUAAAGGUUUUUGGCAUCACUAUGACUUGCACAGUUUUAGCACAAAGUGAUCGGGCUUUUCGUUGAUUUUAAUGCUUUACAAUUUACAAAGUUCCUUUACAUUUCCUUUACAUUUAUUCUAGCAUUAAUUACAGGUGGUAUUUAUUUUCGUUAUUACCAUAGGAAUAAUCUCUCUGAAAGUGAUUGAGAAAGGCUGUUUCCAUAGAUCGGGGUUUUCAAUGAAAGCUCGAUUGGUGAUUUCAUCCAGACGUGCUGAAAAGUUAAAGGCAAACCUGAAAUGAUACUAUAAGAGGCUGCUUUAUUUUUCACCUCCUUCUAUUUAGAUGUUAAUUACUUAUAAGGCCUACUGGCUAUUUCCUGAUUGUCAACAGAACAAAUGAAAUCCAUCUCUAGCGUAGUAAAAGCGAAUAUAAUAAGCUUAUUCCCUUUUCUAUGAAGUAAGAUUCGGAAUUGGCAUUGGUUUGCUCAAAAUUUGGAUGAAUUCAGAAAUAUUUGGUUCGAAAUAGAUCGCAUUUGAUAUUCCUUAAGGCGUAGUUUUAAGUUUAAUUAAUGGCGGAAAAUUUAUUCUACUGAUAAUUGUGGGUAUUACAUUUUGAUAUUUCUUAAUUUUUCAUUUCCAUUUGCGUCACUUUCAUUUUUGGUGGUAGCGCAAAGCGUGCAGUUGACUCCCUACAACUACUGGCGGCAAAACAAAACCAAACUAAUUAACAAAUAAGCUUCACUAGUUUAGCUUGAAUGUGAUAGUAGAUUUAGUUGUUCGAGGUCACAAUAUAUGUAGCUGGAAUUAAUAGUUAAAAAAUUGUCUAGAAAUUCUUAGUAAAAUAACCUAGUUAGCCAGCUGCCCGGUUGUACCUAUAACGCCUGAGGGGGUAGGUAUCAAAAACUUGUAAUAGAAUAACCAAAAGUAACCAUUCGGCAAACUGAUUUUGUAUAACGACGCUCAAUACUGAAUUUUGAACUAUUGUUACAUCUGAUUUACCAUGUGAAAAUCUGCUGGUUUUACGUAAGUCUGUCACAGUUUGUUUGCACCCUUUAGAUUGCAGAUCGGCUAAAGCCAGCGAAAAGACCUCGAAAUUUUAACUAGACUUUGCCCGAAUUUCAAGUUUGCAGUUUUAAGGGUCCUAAGUCCCAUUUGUUCCAACGUUUCUGUAUUCAAUUGCUCACUAUUUGUAGAUCGUAACAUAUCCUUAAAUUCAAAGAGUUCAACUCUUCAUGUAAUAAUUUGAAUGAUAGGAAAGAAGGUUUUGGAUUUUCCCUUUAAAUUGGCAGCCGAUUCGUAAUUAGAGAAUUAUGAUAAGUUGACAAUUAGAUAUCUGAGCAAUAAUUAAGCGUAAUUCUUUAGAUUUAUAGUUGAACCUAACAACACACCAAAAGGAACUGAAGGCUGUUAGAAAAUAGUAUGUUCUUUUCUAAUCUAGCGUUUAGCUUUUAACUUACACUUAUCGUCUAACUUAGUAGAUUUCACCGCCAAAACGAAAACAUUCUAUGAAAGUAUUGCUCAAUGGAUUAAUAUGAUUAAUUUGAUGGAAGGUACGCUAGUAAUAUAAUUCCAAGAGGGUAUUAAGUAAAUUUUGAAGACUCCUAAACAAAACGGUAGCACGGCCGCCAAGCAAAUGCAACCCUCUGGUAGGAAUGAGGGACAAACAAAUAUGGAAACAAUUUACCUGACCUGUUCUAAACCCCUUGCGGGAUGAAUCGCGAAUUAACACGGAUCGUUUGUAACAAAAACAAUAAUCUGUAGGACAUCGUGGUAAAUUUUUCAAAUAAUACAAAAAGUGAAUUAAUGAUUGUAUCUUACUGAAUAAAAAUAUAUAUUGUAUAGAAUAUGUGAAUUAACUAUUUUUGUAUAGAAGUCAGAGAUAAAAAAUUCAAUUAAUACCUUUCAAUAGACUUGAUCUUAACAGUAACCUUGAUCGAUUAGUAAAGUAGAAAUUUGAAUGAAUGUUAAAUGAAAUUGCAUAAUUGUAGACAACACAUGUAAUUCAAAGGAAAACAAUUCACAUGUAUUCGAAAAAAUAAACAGAAAAGAAUGAAAUUUGAAGUAA